AUGCUGGAGGCUCCGUAGGAGGUGCUGUUUUUGCUGAGAUGAGCAAGUCUUGACGUGCUGCCCCGGGGACUGGGAGCCCUUUCAGGCCAGCUGCUACUACUUCUCUAAAGACUUUAUGACCUGGGAUGACAGUGAGAGGAACUGCACAGGGAUGGGCUCCCACCUGGUGGUGAUCAACACAGGAGCUGAGCAGGAUUUCAUCUUCACUCGGGUAAAUGGAACAGUUACAGGCAGCGAAGAAAGGAAUUACUGUAUUGGUCUGACUGAUAAGGAGAACUCAGGCCAGUGGCGGUGGGUGGAUGAGACUCCAUAUGACAAAACUUCAGCGUUCUGGAGACCUGGGGAACCCAAUAAUGAGCCCAGUGAGUACUGCGCUGUCAUGCAUGUGGAGGGAAAACAAACCAAACAUGGAGACAGGAAUUGGAAUGACGUCGCAUGUUUCAAACUAUAUAAUCGAAUUUGUGAAACUGCAGCACUUCUAUUUUGAAGAAACCCCGUCCUGGAUAUGAAGCUGGAGAGUCAGCACAUCUCUCAUUUGGGUCAGCUCACAGAGACAUCUGGCAGGAGGGUUUGGAUCAGCCCUGGGCUAUCAUGACAUUGGGUAUAGGCAGUGGAGGAUGAUGCUAGGGCCCAAAC